GCAGCGGGGCCCGGGAGGGGGACUGCGCGGGGGGCCGGCGCAUAGCCGGGACCAUGGAGGGUCAGAGCGGCCGUUGCAAGAUCGUAGUGGUGGGGGACGCGGAGUGCGGCAAGACGGCGCUGCUGCAGGUGUUCGCCAAGGACGCCUAUCCCGGGAGUUAUGUCCCCACCGUGUUUGAGAACUACACCGCGAGCUUUGAGAUCGACAAGCGCCGCAUUGAGCUCAACAUGUGGGACACUUCAGGUUCUUCUUACUAUGAUAACGUACGGCCCCUGGCCUAUCCUGAUUCAGAUGCUGUACUCAUCUGCUUUGACAUUAGCCGACCAGAAACACUGGACAGUGUCCUCAAGAAGUGGCAAGGGGAGACUCAGGAGUUUUGCCCCAAUGCCAAGGUUGUGCUGGUUGGCUGUAAAUUGGACAUGCGGACUGACCUGGCCACACUGAGGGAGCUGUCCAAGCAGAGACUUAUCCCUGUUACACAUGAGCAGGGUACUGUGCUGGCCAAGCAGGUGGGGGCCGUGUCCUACGUGGAGUGCUCCUCCAGGUCCUCUGAGCGCAGCGUCAGGGAUGUUUUCCACGUGGCCACAGUGGCCUCCCUUGGCCGUGGCACUAGGCAGCUUCGCCGUACUGAUUCACGCCGGGGACUGCAGCGAUCUUCUCAGCUGGCAGGACGGCCAGACCGGGGCAACGGGAAUGAAGGCGAGAUACACAAGGAUCGAGCCAAGAGCUGCAAUCUCAUGUGAGGGGCCGGGGUGGGGCAGUGUCAAGAGAGGUGGCAAAGGGUACAGUUGUUCCCCAGCCUGCACCCAGGCUUCCUGACUUUGGCUAGGGCUUCAGGGCAGGCUAAGUGAGCAAUUCUCCUGAGCAAGGGAGCCACAGGGAAAGGGUGCCACCAUUCCCCACAUUCUCAUCCCCCUCUUCUCGACAGGAAGUUGAGGGAGCUAGCAGGACAGGCAUCUAGGCCUGGAGCUGGGAUGGGGCACGGGGGUUGGGGAAGCUGGCAUCAAGCAGUGACCUUGGUUGAGUCUCAGUAUGUGAAUGAUGCCUUCUUUCCCCACCUCCAGUCCCAUAUCCUGGCCCUGGC